UUUCCCUAUUCUUAUCGCAUCAUCAGCCAUCGUGACCCUAUACCACACUCUCCUCCAAGAAUAGGAGCUGAUGCUGCAUUCCAUCAUCGCUAUGAAGUCUGGUACGAUAACGAUAUGGCAGUAGGACAACCUUACACGAUCUGUCAAGAAGCCGAUGGAGACUAUUGUAGCAAUACUGUACCCGACAAAGAAGGCUCGGAUCACUUGUUUUACUUCAAUUUGCAAAUAAAAGAGUGGGGACUUGCUGGGUGUCCUGUGGCGAAUCUCACAAGAUCUAAGUAA